GAAGCGCUAGUGUAGUUCCAAAAACAUUUUCAUCUCAAACUUCAAAAUAAAACUAACACGUAAAAAUAUAAAUAUAUUUCAAUUACCAUGGCGGAUGAUGAUUUGGACAAAAUUCGUCAACAAAGACUUGCUCAAUUGCAAGCACAAUACGGGGGCGGAGAAGGUAUCGAAAAACAAAAGGCUCAAGAAGAACAAGUUAAGGCUGUAGAGGAUGCUAAAAAUUCCAUUCUGGCACAAAUAUUGAGCCAGUCUGCUCGAGCACGAUUGAAUACAAUAAAAAUUAGCAAACCCGAAAAAGCUCAAAUGGUCGAACAGAUGCUAGUGCGCAUGGCCCAGAAUGGACAGCUACGUGGCCAAAUCGAUGAACCUCAAUUGAUAGAACUCUUGCAAAACGUAAACCAGCAAAUGCCCCAAAAAAAGACAAGCGUGAAAUUUGACAGGAGACGUGCUGCCUUAGACUCUGAUGACGAAUUCUGA